UUCCUUCUCUUCCUUGAGCGAAAAAAACAAAAGCCUUCAACAAAACUGUGGUGAGCGAGAGAGCAAACGGCAACCAACAUGAUGCAGCGAGUGGCAGUGCUCUGUGGCUUCCUGUUGUUUGGAUGUUUCUUUGGAACGAUCCAUGGGAAUCUACGCUUGAAUUACCUCGUGACAGAAGAGCAAAGGGCAAGGACUUUUAUCGGAAACGUUGCGACCGACAGCAAACUUAGGGCUAAUCUGACCACAGAGGAGUUUAACAGCCUAAGGUUUUCCCUUCUGCCUCAAAGAAACCCUAAUGUGAAACUGUUCAGUGUUAAUGAACGAACUGGCAUUUUGGGAACAGCCGAUAAACUCGACAGGGAAAUCAUUUGUGGUCAGAAUCCCAUUUGCAUGGUCAACCUGUCUAUAGGUGCACUCUCGACGGUCACAGAUUUCUUCAGUAUUUUGAAUGUCUCUGUUUCAAUAUUGGAUAUCAAUGACAACUCGCCUGAGUUUCCCAACCCUAACAUGCAAGUGACAUUUUCCGAGUCGGCCAAAGUCGGAGACAGCUUUCAAAUUCAACAGGCUGUAGAUCAGGAUAUCGGCAUAAAUGCUGAACUUAGCUAUGAGCUACAAGGCAGUGAUGGGACAUUUCGUCUUGUGUACGACAAGACAACAUCAGGAAGUUCCAAUCUCCGGGUUGUUGUAAAUCGCCUGUUGGACCAUGAAAGAUCUCAGCAACAGCAGAUGACAUUGGUGGCUAGAGACAAGGGAUCACCAUCCAAAAUUGCCACAGCAACCAUUACGAUUUCCAUCUCAGACAUUAACGACCAUCAUCCGGUUUUUACCGAUGCUGUUUAUGACCUGCGUGUUCUUGAGACUACACCUGUCCAGACCCCUUUACUGCAGGUGAGUGCUCAGGACUUGGACCAGGGCAUCAAUGGACAGGUGACUUACUACUUCCCCACCUUAACACCGCAGACCACCAAAGACAUCUUCUUCCUCAACUCCUCUACCGGAGACCUUGUGUUGCAACAACCACUGGACUUUGAAAAUACUGAGCUCUACGAGUUUCAAGUCGAAGCGAAGGAUGGGGGCUCGCCGCCUAGGGUUGCCCAGACGACAGUCAAAGUCCAGGUUCUAGACGUCAACGACAACACCCCAGCAAUCACUUUUAACCUUCCUCCUGGCCGUCAGCGCAUUGCCGUCUCCGAGACCCUAGUGCCCGGUGACUUCAUCACCCGGAUGUCUGUGUUUGACGGUGACACUGGGAGAGAUGGUGAAGUAAUUUGUAAACUGGCUGGCAACAGAUUUCAACUGACCCAUAUUUUCGGUAGUGAAUUUAAAAUCUUACUCAAUUCUAGCCUAGACAGAGAAAGUGAACCCCUCGUCAACCUAACAGUGUCCUGCUCCGACAGAGGUUCUCCACCAAAACAAGACGUCCAAGUACUGACCAUUCAAAUAGAAGAUUCCAAUGACAACAUUCCAAAGUUCUCGCAACAGUUUUAUCACACAGAGACAAGAGAGAAUCCACAAAACGGGGAUGUCAUUAUAAAAGUGUCAGCUACGGACUUGGAUAUUGGUGAAAACGGUAGAGUGACUUAUAAAAUCAAUGCUACAGGUGCUCAGUUUUUCCAGGUCUUAAGUAAUGGAGAUGUCAUAGUGAGUUCAAAACUUGACCGUGAACUUACUCCCGAAGUCGUUUUUGACAUUAUUGCCAUGGACAAUGCUGCACCGUUUCACUCUUCCACCGCGACAGUGUCCAUUACAGUUCUUGAUGAAAAUGAUGAGGCACCAAACUUUGGAGUGUCUUCUCUAGAGUUAUCUGUCCUUGAGAAACAGUCCGAGGGGGCAGUUGUUGGGCAUCUCACCGCAACAGAUCGUGACCUUGGACUGGGUGGUGAAGUGAUGUACAGCAUAUCACCAGACAAUAAGGCUCCAUUCCUUAUUCAACCUACGAAUGGAACAAUCAUUACUUCCUCAACCCUGGACAGAGAGCUGGUAGAAAGUUAUCAGCUGAAGAUACUGGCUACUGACAAGGGUACACCUCAGCAAACGGGCUCUCUUGUUCUGACAGUAAAAGUUGCUGAUGUUAAUGAUAACACACCCGUCUUCGUUUUUCCCAAUGAGCACAACAACACCGUGACCAUAUACAAUUCUCUGAAAGUCGGUAAAGUUGUCACGAACAUCAGAGCUUCGGAUGCCGAUGACAGGAACAACUCCAGGGUAAAAUAUGCCUUUGAAAGUGACACAGUUUCGACAUCCUUCUUUCACGUGGAUCAUUCAUCUGGUAUUAUAACCCUUGCCAAACCGCUGACACAACAAGGGAAGAGAACUUUGGAGGUUGUUGUUAUUGCCACAGAUCAUGGUGAUCCUGCCCUUUCAGCCAAAAUGAGGCUCUUUAUUAUUGUUCACUUGGAUGAUCGGCCACUUCCAAUGCUGGACGGACUAGCUGGCAGAACCAACUUGACCAUUGCCAUCUGCAUUCUGGCCGUGUCAGCCAUUGUGUCCGGUACAAUUGUCAUCAUCAUUUGUCUGGUUCGCCGCCGAAAAAACAAAAACACUGAUGACUCUGGGGAGAAAGAAGACAAAUCCCAAACGCCCGCUGGUGAGAAAACUUGGAACUCCAUGUAUGAUUCAAAAAAGACCAGUUCAGCAGACAUAAUCAUCAAUAGAGACCGAGCCCCUCAGAAUCUGCAGUCUGCCCCAACACAGGUGGGGAGAGAUGACCGACUGCUGUAUAAGGCAAAAGAUCCCACCAAUCCGACAUUCCAAGUGUUCCCAGCAGAAGAACAUCACACGCCAAAGGUAACAUUUAUUUUACUCUUUCUUCACUGCUCUCACAAUCAGCACUGA